GGCAGACUGGGCAGACUGGGGGAGAGGGGCGGAGGGAUACAGCCUCCACAGAAGAAGCCUGCUCUCCGGGUCUACUUUCCACCGGUAUCAUUUGGGGAGACGGUCGGAGAGGAAUCAUCCACGCGCUGCCAAAUAUUUUAACAUUUUAACCAUUAAAAGUCGGACCCGUGUCCCUGCUUUCACCAGCCUCCAUCAGAUCCAUCCUGUGAGGGGAGCCGUCUGACAGCACCAAAAUGGGGUACGGACGGUCGGACAGCUACCGCGUGGCCACCACGCAGGACAAGGAUGAGAAGGAGUCACCCAAGAAGAAGGGAGGCAAGGAUCUGGAUGACCUCAAGAAGGAAGUUCCCAUCACGGAGCACAAAAUGUCUGUUGAGGAGGUUUGCCGUAAAUACAGCACUGACAUCGUCCAGGGUUUGACCAAUGCCAAGGCAGCAGAGUACCUGGCCAGGGACGGCCCUAACGCGCUGACCCCGCCCCCCACCACCCCCGAGUGGGUCAAGUUCUGUCGCCAGCUGUUCGGUGGCUUCUCCAUCCUGCUGUGGAUCGGUGCCAUCCUCUGCUUCCUGGCCUACGCCAUACAGGCUGCUACAGAGGACGAGCCCGCCGGAGAUAACCUGUACCUGGGUAUCGUGCUGUCGGCCGUCGUCAUCAUCACCGGCUGCUUCUCCUACUUCCAGGAGGCCAAGAGCUCCAAGAUCAUGGAGUCCUUCAAGAACAUGGUCCCUCAGCAAGCCCUGGUGAUCCGUGAGGGAGAGAAGAUGCAGAUCAAUGCUGAGCAGGUGGUGGCAGGAGAUCUGGUGGAAGUGAAGGGAGGAGACAGGAUCCCAGCUGACCUCCGCAUCAUCUCCUCCCACGGCUGCAAGGUGGAUAACUCAUCCCUGACCGGUGAGUCCGAGCCCCAGACCAGGUCACCUGACUGCACCCAUGACAACCCCCUGGAGACCCGCAACAUCGCCUUCUUCUCCACCAACUGUGUCGAGGGAACUGCUCGUGGUAUCGUUGUGUGCACUGGUGAUCGUACAGUGAUGGGUCGCAUUGCCACUCUCACCUCCGGCCUGGAGACUGGCAAGACACCCAUUGCCAAAGAGAUCGAGCACUUCAUCCACAUCAUCACAGGCGUGGCCGUCUUCCUCGGCGUGACCUUCUUCGUCCUGUCUAUCAUCCUGGGUUACAGCUGGCUGGAGGCCGUCAUCUUCCUCAUCGGUAUCAUUGUGGCUAACGUACCUGAGGGACUCCUGGCCACAGUCACUGUGUGUCUGACUCUGACUGCAAAGCGAAUGGCUCGUAAAAACUGCCUGGUGAAGAACCUGGAAGCUGUAGAGACUCUGGGCUCCACCUCCACCAUCUGCUCCGACAAGACGGGCACUCUGACCCAGAACAGGAUGACCGUGGCCCACAUGUGGUUCGACAACCAGAUCCACGAGGCUGACACCACCGAGGACCAGUCUGGCUCCUCCUUCGACAAGAGCUCCACAACAUGGGUGUCUCUGGCCCGCAUCGCUGCUCUGUGCAACCGCGCCGCGUUCAAGGCCGGUCAGGACGCUCUCCCGAUCCUUAAGCGUGAUGUGGCCGGUGAUGCCUCCGAGUCCGCCCUGCUGAAGUGUAUCGAGCUGUCCUGUGGCGCCGUCAAAGCCAUGAGGGACAAGAACAAGAAGGUGGCCGAGAUCCCCUUCAACUCCACCAACAAGUACCAGCUCUCCAUUCAUGAGAUGGAAGAGGAAAACGACACCCGCUACCUGCUGGUGAUGAAGGGAGCCCCAGAGAGGAUCCUGGACCGCUGCUCCACCAUCAUGGUGCAGGGCAAGGAGCAGCAAAUGGACGAGGAGAUGAAGGAGGCUUUCCAGAACGCCUACCUGGAACUGGGAGGACUGGGAGAGAGAGUACUGGGUUUCUGUCACCUCAUCAUGCCAGAAGACAAGUAUCCCAAAGGGUUUGCCUUCGACACGGAUGACGUCAACUUCCAGACAGACAACCUUUGCUUCGUCGGCCUCAUGUCCAUGAUCGAUCCUCCUCGUGCUGCCGUGCCUGAUGCUGUCGGAAAAUGCCGCUCUGCUGGCAUCAAGGUCAUCAUGGUGACUGGUGACCACCCAAUCACAGCCAAGGCUAUUGCUAAGGGUGUCGGCAUCAUCUCUGAGGGCAAUGAGACAGUCGAGGACAUCGCUGCACGCCUCAACAUCCCCGUCAGCCAGGUCAACCCCAGGGAUGCAAAGGCCUGCGUGAUCCACGGCACAGACCUGAAAGACCUCGGCCAGGACCAGAUGGAUGAUAUCUUGAGGAACCACACAGAGAUCGUCUUCGCCAGAACCUCCCCACAGCAGAAACUCAUCAUCGUAGAGGGCUGCCAGAGACAGGGUGCCAUCGUGGCUGUGACAGGUGACGGUGUGAACGACUCCCCCGCUCUGAAGAAGGCCGACAUCGGUGUGGCCAUGGGAAUCUCUGGCUCAGACGUGUCCAAACAGGCGGCAGACAUGAUCCUGCUGGACGACAACUUUGCCUCCAUCGUCACUGGUGUAGAGGAAGGCCGUUUGAUCUUUGACAACCUGAAGAAGUCCAUCGCUUACACCCUGACCAGCAACAUCCCAGAGAUCACUCCCUUCUUGUUCUUCAUCUUGGUCAACAUCCCGCUGCCUCUGGGCACCAUCACCAUCCUCUGCAUCGACCUGGGAACUGACAUGGUACCAGCCAUCUCACUGGCCUAUGAAGCAGCAGAGAGUGACAUCAUGAAACGUCAGCCCAGAAACCCUCUGAGGGACAAACUGGUCAACGAGAGACUCAUCAGCAUCGCCUACGGACAGAUCGGUAUGAUUCAAGCUCUCGGUGGUUUCUUUGCGUAUUUUGUCAUCAUGGCUGAAAACGGUUUCCUGCCGUCUGUUCUCGUCGGCAUCCGGCUCAACUGGGACGACCGCUCUAACAACGACCUGGAGGACAGCUACGGCCAGCAAUGGACGUACGAGCAGCGUAAGAUCGUGGAGUUCACUUGUCACACAGCCUUCUUCGUCAGCAUCGUGGUGGUGCAGUGGGCCGACGUCAUCAUCUGCAAGACCAGACGCAACUCUGUAUUCCAGCAGGGCAUGAAGAAUAAGAUUUUGAUCUUUGGUCUGUUUGAGGAGACAGCUCUGGCUGCUCUCCUGUCCUACGCCCCCGGCAUGGACGUGGCACUCCGGAUGUAUCCACUCAAGCCCAGUUGGUGGUUCUGCGCGUUCCCGUACAGUUUCGUCAUCUUUGUUUACGAUGAGAUCCGAAAACUCAUCCUUCGUCGAAACCCUGGAGGCUGGGUGGAAAAGGAAACAUACUACUAAAUUAUCAAAGCAUCACUUCUCACUCCCUUCCUCCCCUGAACUCACCCCUUCUUCUCUAUCUCCCUUUCUCUAUCACUCUUUCCCUCCAUCCUUCCCUCCUCUCCUGUCAACACGCUCAAACGUUACAAGAAAACUAUGUUUACUCCCCCUCUUCAUCCUCCCAUCCUAAUCACCCAAAGAGACAAAAAAAAUAAAUCAAACGCCAAGACGACGAGGACCUACGUGGGAGGAGGAGCGGACGCGGAGGAUGACUUUUAUCUCCUCCCUGUCCUCUCUCUUCCUCUGUCUUCUUUUUCUACCAAAAGUCUUUACAGCUCUAUUCUGCCAGUAACUCCGUCGUGCCGAUGUUUCUUACUGCACUGCCAGUCGCAGCCUCUCUUCAUACAUGUGCUCAAAUUAGAGAGCGAUAGAGUUAGAAGAAUAAGAUGAAACCUGACUGUUCCACUGCGAUCACUCGUGCCGAGCAGAACAACAAGGCAGCUCCCGUCUAGACUCCCAGAACUGGCGAUUUGAGCGGGUGGGUUAGUCAGCCACCAGGUUCCAGCUCUUUGAUCACUGCCAUUUCCUGACAUCCGCCUUCUACGACUCUUCUUCUACUUUUCUAUCUCGAUCAACUCACUGCCAGACUUCUACUGCCUUUCUCUCUUCUUCUUCUUCUUCUUCUUCUUCUUCUUCUUCUUCUUCUUCUUCUUCUUCUUCUUCUUCUUCUUCUUCUUCUUCUUCUUCUUCUUCUUCUUCCCUUCUCCUCCUCCUCCUCUAUCUGUGAAGAACCAGUGUCACCAUAAAACUUGAGCACUCACUCGACAGGGUGGAUAAAGGACCCUCUUCCUCCCUCUAUAUCUCCCUCCCUCCCUCCCUCCCUCCCUCCCUCCCCCUGGUGUUAUUUUCUGCUUGUGUUGUUGUUGUUUUCUAAUAGACAACUGGUUGUUUUUUAAAAAGCAGAAAUGUUCGUAAAGGUUAUUCUUUGUCUUUUUAUUUAAAGUUUGGUGUGGGUCUGAGGGCUCCUUGUUUUCAUUCGGACAUGACAAAGCACACUCCCUCCUCUUCCUCUCUCUCUCUCUCUAUAUCACACUCCCUCUUUACCUCCCCCCUCCUCCCCCCCUGCCUGUCAAUCUGUCCCCGUUUGUCCGUCUGUUUGUGAACACCGUGCAAACCCCUCCGUCUUUGUAAACUACAACCCACCUUCACCUCCUGACUCCUCUUAUUCUCCCACCCUCUCCCUCCUUACAAACCUCACCCGACCACACACCUAUAAGAAAAAAACAAUCUUUCUGUGUCUGCGGAAAAAAAGAGAUUUCUCUCCAGUUUCAUUGUUUAGACCAGUGGAAAAAUGAAAAAAAAGGCACUGUACCUUUAAUUUGCCAAACAGCAGUAAAAAAAAAAAAAUAGGAGAAAAUGAAAUAAAACAGAAGGAUCUCUCUUUUUUCAGUCUGGUCUCCACUUUGUUUUGUGUGCAGUUUUGUCAGAAAAUGGAAAUAAAUGCUGUGACCAACUCUAAA